CAUAAUUUAUUACAAAAUAAAUUAGAAAGAAAUUUUAAAUAGCGUUAACCUUUACGUAGACAAUCUCAAGUGAAUUAUUUUACUUAAUGCUGAUUUUGGUAAAUGGAAAUCAAUUUUUCUUUAGACGUUUCAAAAAAUAAUGAACUAACGGAGGAUUACACAAACUUUCAAAUGAUUGACAUAUAUUAUACAAUAUUAGUUUAAACUUCGUUCAGAUAUAUUUCAUACAGCAACAUUUGUACGUAGACUCGAUAUGCGAUAUAACAAUUGUAGUGGUGCAGUUUAAUUAACUUCACAGAUCAUUACUCUGAUAAGGCAAUAAUGCACGUCGGCUGGUGCUAACCGAUAAACAUAAUCCAAGGAUCGCAGUUAAUCGGUGGCGAUGGCAGUGAGGUUUACACGACGGACUUUGAAAAACAAAACAGGAAUUGGUUGCGUGCUAGAGAUGGGAAAAAUUCUUACGUAAAUAAAGAUUUCGAGCGUAGAAAUAAAUUUUGCUGAUCAAAUAAAUAUUACGAAUUAAUUGUUGUACAUUAGUCUUACUAAAUACAUAUAUAUAAUAUGUAUAAAAUAUAGAAUACAAUGGUAGUUUUCCGGACACGAUUUGGCUGGCGUGUCUGUUCGUUACUUGCUGUUUCUACUUAUACCGGAUGUUCACACUAACCAAUAUAUUUUCAGAUUCAAUUUUCUUGAAAAUCAAAGUUGUACUACGAAUAAUGAAAUAACGUGCCUUUAAUAUAAUAAUUGCCUUUGCCGAAUCAAUUAUGGAAAUCCCACGCUAUAUUCGUUUAUGACUGUAGAUUCUAAUUUAUAUCAUAAACCUUGUUACCUAGAUUUGUCCAGGAAUUCCAAACGGUGAAGUAUAAAAACGUCGAUCCAAAGUGAAAGUAUUCUCUGCAACGAUGAACGAGUCUCGUUGCAUAUAAGAAAUUCCCCGAGCGCAUUUCUCGCGUGUCUCCUCUUCCAUUUAUUUGUCCGCCGGCGGAACAAUUUACGCGACAGAUUAACGGCGCGCGUGGAUAUCCUCCGGUAUCGAUAAGAAUCUGGUCAGGAAUCGGUCAGCGCGAGUCGUGAGAACUUCGAUCGGCACUGAUUUCUCCGGUGUCAUUGAGAAACCAUACUAGAUUUUACACGGCCGUAUCUAAUAGCCGGUCGAUCGAAAUCCAGUACCAGCUUGAAACACGAGACGCCACCGACGGAAGUACCGGUCGAAGGGUGAAAAGGGAUAGAGAGGGGAGGCAGAGGUUGGUAAUUUCGCGUGGGCGUCGGGAACUAGUUAUCGAAGGCUACCAGGUUCGAAUCGAGAAUGGCAGGUUCGACCCAACGCGGAAUUCCCCAUCGGGGAAUCACCGGUUUAAUUUAAUUAAAACCAUGGCGAAUCGCUAAACACCUGAUCCAUCCAUUUUCAUUAAAGACACUGCCUCGGUUUAUUACGAUCGCUCUUCAAAUGAUACGAGUUCCAGUCGCGUCCAUUUUUCACCGGCCCGCGAAAUCAAUCAUUCUUAUUAAUUGUACGCUGUGCAAUUUCGGUGUCAAAUGAGAAUAAUUACGGUUGCAAAUCGUUAACAAGAAUAGCUUUCUCGCAGCCGUACGCCGACCGUUGGAACGUUGAAAGCUAACAGGGCGAGAAUGAUGUAUCGUUUUUAGCGAAAUAAUUAUUGGGAAUCGUAAACGAGCGAUUCUAUUUACCUUAUUUUGAAUUUAUAAAUCUUCAAUAUGUGGUCGAUUUUAGACUUUUUUCAAUUACGCUACCAGCGUCACAAGUGCGUGUCGGUUUGUAAAAUUACUAAUUCCCAUUUAUUUAACGUCCUGGUAGCGAACGCGUUAGCAUAUUCUACCGUUUUACAGCGAAUCGUCUGGCGGUAGACUACACGACGCUUACAAGCAAUUCAAACCGACCCGCGACACUUAUCGGUUCACCGUAAUAUGUGAGCAUCAUUAGACCCUGGUAAAUGCAAUUCUCCUAAUUGCUACAGUAUUACAAUAUCGAUAAAUUCCUACUUGGUACAUAUUUUCUUCCCAAUACAAAAAACUUACGAAUCGAAUUGAUAUCAAACUUCGCUAGACAUCCUGCGAAUGGGUUACACAGAGCUAACUUAAGAUUGUCCCGCUUGGAUUAUUUAUAUCUUAAAAAGUGUCUACUCUUAAAAGGGAUCACUCUGCUAUCUUCCUGCGAGAGCACAUUAAAAUCCAAGCGGUUCGCUGGGAAGAAAAAGCUUCGACUCAUCGAUUCGCGUGUCCUCGUUCCCCCGCGAAUCGAUAAUCGCUUUCGAAAGGAUCUGGUGGGCCUAUCUGCGUCAAGUCACGCGAAUUCGGGGCGUGGAUUCGCGAACGAAUGGUUACGCUUUCGAGUGUCACGCGCCGAAGAUAUCCGCCAAGGACGCGGUUUCGCGUGUCGUCCGCGUUUCAGUGGCGUGACGGGAGCACGCGGGUCCGUCGAUUCCGAUUCGCAGAACUUAUUCCAGGUGACAUCCGUCGAUGCAACGUCGAAGUAAUUAGGAGACGAGGCCUCGGCGCGUGCGUCGUAGAAGAUCGUUUCGACUAAGUAUGCUGGCUCGAAAGAAAACUGCAGACGGUAGUGCACGACACUCUGUCGCAAUUUGCGCGUCGCGCCAUCGACUAUUUAUGCGUACGAAACGACGCGGAUGACUCUGAGAGCGUGAACGGAGAUCAACGAUCGCGAGACGAAAAGAAAGAGAAAAAGGGACUCGUGACGUUCGACCAGGCGCCAUUCGCGCGUGUCUUCGUCUUUGGUCGCUUCCUGGGGCAAGUUCGACGCGUGGAAUGCCCGCGGGAUGAAGGCAAAGUUGUCGCGAAAAGAGCUGGACAGCCUCUUCAGCGAGGGUGCUAGAUUCCGGGAUACCUCGCAGCAAAUCCACAAGCAAUGGCAGGCAGAUCCGGCAAGAGCAUUUCCAACAGUCGGCACUGUCACCACGGGUUCGGUUUCACCCGCUUCGGGGGAGAUUUCGACACCAAAUUCGACGCCAAGUCCGAGCCCUAGUCCGACCAAUAGUCAACAAGUCGUUCACAAUGGGGGAUACGAAGCACAGCCGAAAAAUGUUAACACCAUCUCCAGGAGCAAGCAGCAACAGCAGAUGCAGACGUCCUCGUCGGCGACGACACCCGCGAGGACGCCGGGCGUCGGCGCGGACGCGACGACGACAGGAUCGGGAAAGGGCGGAGGUCGAGUCACGGAAGUAAUGGAGUUUUGUUACGUCACCGAAAGGAUCAUUGCUCUUUGGUACAGAGAGGAUGCCCAGGGAGUCCUUGAACACGCCACUACGCUCCUGCGAGGGAAGCACGCGGAUAAUUAUAUGAUUUUCAAUCUGUCGUCACCCGGUCGCCCAGGAGAGCCAAAUACCAGAGAAGCAGGCUGGCCCCAGGGAUUGGCGCCCAGUUUGGAGAGACUCUGCGCCCUAUGCAAGGAGCUGGACUCCUGGCUGAACGGUGCUCCAAAUCGCGUGGUCGUUCUUCAUGCCAGGGGAAACAAGCAACGAUUGGGUGUGGCAGUUUCCGCGUACAUGAACUACAGCAGCAUCUGUGGUGGACGCGAUCAGGCGCUGGACAGGUUUGCGAUGAGGAGAUUCCUCGAUGACAAAAUUGGAUCUCUGCAGGUUCCGUCACAUCGAAGGUACAUCAAGUAUUUCAGCGGACUGCUCUCGGCCUGUUUGAGAAUAAGCCAGUCGCCCCUCUAUUUAACGCACCUGACGGUCCUCGGUGUUCCGCUCUUCGAGCCCACGGGUUGUCGAGCGUUCCUCAAAGUCUACGAAGGGCUAACACCCGUCUACACUUCAGACCUUUACUCCGUGACGAAUGCUCGAGAAUUCACGGUUAAUCUCGGCGGUCUUCGUCUGAGGGGGGACAUACUGGUGAAAUGUUACCACAGGGUGUACUCGAAGCAGAGCCGGGAAGUGAUGUUCUCCCUUCAGUUCCACACCUGCGUAAUUACGGAGAACGUGGUGUCCUUCCCGCGUUCGGAGCUGGACGUUGCUUGCGACGAUCCCCGAUGCCCGCCCGACAGCGUGGUGACUCUCUACUUCGCCACCGACGCCAAGCGUCAGGACGGCCCGGUGCCGGCACCGACGCCCGCCGUGCCCCACGCAUCGGCCCACCACGACCCCAUACUGCACUGGGACAGCUACACGAAUCUCGAAAUCAGCGAUGACGAAGGACGAGAAACACCAUUAUCACCGCCGCCACCUUCAAGUUCCUCCGUUCAGACGUCACCUCGCGGAUUGGGUUACACCUGCGGUCCCAUAGAUGGAUCUUUGUACGCUGUGGUACACCAGGGUGCUGCCGGUGGUGCCCGUGGUUCACCAUUGACGGUUUCCAUGGACAGCGGCAUCAGCAGCGCUCCGCCACAGCGACCUAGUCCGCCUGAGCCAGAGCCGGAUAAUCAGGCUCAUGGUGAUCUUGACAAGCUCCUCCACGAUAUGAUGCUUACUGUCGAGUCGAUGCCGGAUCCUCCGUCGGAGGACUACAGAACGGACAGGAGCGAGAAGAUGUACAUUCAAGAGACCCGCAGCUACGCGAGCAGCCAUACCCCGUCGACGUAUUCCACCCUGAAGGACUCGUACAGGAGCUACAGUGCUGGCAAGGAGUCCAGCCCGCCGUACAACUCGAGCAGCAGCUACAGCACUCUGAAGAACGAGUAUCGAGAGCCAGGAAAAAUCGAGCACCGAAGGGAGGAGUACGAGUAUCGCGUGUCGCCCGAUCGAAAAAUCUCCGAGUCCUCGAACGACUCAUACAGAAAGCACACAGACUCGUUCUCGCCGCCCGGGAACAUAGAUUUCAUCGACGAGGACAUCCCCUAUCACGCCAGACAGACCAGCCAACCGUUUUCCUACGGCGCUACCACGGACAUGAUCAAACAUCAGAAACUUUCGUCGCCGUCUCUGGUCAGAAAGGCUUCCGUGCGCGGCGUGGCGCCCGUCGUGGACUUCGAGGACAUCCUCGGGGAGAACUCGAGGAGACCCAUCAGCCCUUUGAGCCCCAACACGCCGGAUCCACCGCCAGAAUUCGCCAACGGGCCCGUCAAGAACAGUUCGGACCACGUCGAUGGAUUAUCGUGGCUGAGGCAACAGCAAUUGAAACUUGCCGCGAGAAGGGACGAAAGGAAUCCGGGGAAGCUGUGGCGGCAGGAAACCGGAAACCGCGUGAUCGGGGAGCUGCGGAGCUUGCAGAGGGGUAGGUUGAGGCACGAUGGAUACGCGAGCGAUUCUGCGGUCCUCGACGAUGACGACGACGCGUGGAUACCGAAUUCCGUCAGUGGACAGAUGCAAUCGAGACCGCUUCCAUACACCUCCGCGCCAGCAAGUCCUCUGCUUCCGCAACGAUCGAGCAGCCGGAAGUACAACGGUACCGUCGGGGCCGGCACUCUGGGACGACCACGAGCAGAAAGUGUGAACGAACGUCCCUUCAUGUCCGUGAAACGGGCUUACGAGUGCCGCAAAUACAGCGACAGUCAGAGCCCUCCGACAUCCCCUCGCUCAGGCUUAGCAGCCGCGCAACCCUUAGGAUUAGCAAUGCAGCAACAAGCAACGUUCGUUAACGCGGAGAAACCACAGCCGCCGCGGCCAGAGUCGCGCAGCGACAGUUUCGUACGCGCCGACGCGUUGCUGCGCGAACACCGCCACCAGCAACAGCAAUUGGCCAGCAACAGUCACGCGGAACAGAAGCACACGAUCGGUCACGAUUACGGGCGAAACUGUCGGCCCGAGUCGCGAAACCGAAUCGUCGAGUAUCAGACCUGCUCCAUGACCACCAGCAACGACAGGACCAUCGAUCACGUGGACGCCGGAUUGCUGGCUGUCGUUGAUCAGCAAUCGACCACUCAGAUCGCUACUGACCGUCUCGUGAGCCUCAUUAAAUCACUGGCUGAAAUUUCGCCCGUUCGCUCGCCUCCAUCUGUGACUAACAAGUCCGCGAAUGAUCAUCCCGCGAGCAUCAGCCCAGCAGCGACCAUGACAACUGCCAGUGGCCACGUUGCUAACGCCAUCACCACUAAUUGCUCCCCUAACCAGUCGCCCAAAGCAUGGCAGAAUUGCACCCAGUCGCACAAUGACUCUGCGUCAUCGUGGACCGAGAGGAGCGUCAGUCCCGGAAGCGCGAUGGUCGGCAAUGCAUCGAGGCCGCAAACCCCAGCGUUUCCGGUUCACCCUCGAACGCCGUACGUCAACAACUCCUCGCCAACGGUGACGUUUGCCGCCGAUCGCGCUUACGCCACGUCGAACACCAGCUACAACGUGAACAACAACAACAACAACAACGUGAACCACGUCGAAACGGCCGGGAACAACAACAACGUCGGGAACUAUGGAAGCGAACGAACGAUCUACAUCGAAGAACGAAGAGAAGUCUCGAAGGAAACGGGACUUCCACCCAAGAGUCCGACAACACAGAGACGCUUGAGUUUCCCGGCAAGCGGGCCACUUAAACAAACGCAUAACAAACGAUGGCCGCUCACUAACCAAUCGGCGUCGUUCGACUAUAGCAAGGACCGAUCUGUUUCUCCGAUAAACGAGUCGACGAUGUCGCAUUCGCAAGCUGUCUCGCGCAGUCCUGGUACACCGACUCACAUUGAAUUCGCCCAAAGUCCGAAGAGUGCCGCAUCGUACACCUCCAUAAACAGCGGUGGUCAGUCGUCUCCUCAGGUCCAGUAUUACGGUUCGAGAAGGUCGAGCGUUCAUUCGAACACAGAACCUCAAGAAGUAGCCGAUGCCAAUGUUAAAUUUGUGCGCGACACCAGCAGGAUCUGGUACAAGCCAAACAUAUCUCGCGAGCAAGCAAUCUCGAUGCUGAAGGAUGAAGCGCCAGGGACGUUCGUGGUCCGGGACAGCAACUCCUUCCCAGGAGCCUUCGGGCUCGCUCUGAAGGUAGCAACUCCGCCUCCAGGCGCCCCGAGCAGCCCCAGAGAUCCGUCGAGCGAACUGGUCAGGCACUUUUUGAUCGAACCCACCUCUCGCGGCGUUAGGCUGAAAGGUUGCGCGAACGAGCCAGUCUUCAGCUCGCUGUCGGCGCUGGUUUACCAGCACAGCCUAAUGGCGAUGGCUCUGCCUUGCCAGCUGCUGCUUCCGGAACCGGAAGCCGCGGCCAGAGCCCUCGAUUCACCGGGCGCGAACAGCGCGCAACAGUGGUUCGUGCAGGGUGCAGCGUGCAACGUUUUAUAUCUUUUCACCAUGGACACGGAGUCGCUGACCGGGCCUCAGGCCAUCAAGAAGGCCGUCACAACCAUGUUCGAACAGAAACCACUGCCCGCCGCGACCAUAGUUCAUUUUAAAGUGUCCUCGCAGGGAAUAACACUCACGGACAACGCACGGAAGCUUUUCUUCCGUAGACACUAUCCAACGAACAACAUCAGUUACUGCGGAUUGGACACAGAAGAUCGCAUUUGGGAUUUCGCCAGCGAAGAAACCGGACGACCUGUCAGUGCUCAUCGCUGCUUCGGGUUCGUGGCGAGAAAACCAGCCCACAAGUCGGACAAUCAGUGUCACGUGUUCGCGGAACUGGAGCCGGAACAGCCCGCGACGGCCAUCGUGAAUUUCGUCAACAAAGUCAUGAUGGGGAACUCCGUGUCCAAGGCCAACAUCGUCUAAGAAUCAUCUCGUUUCAUCGAGUCUCUGAGAUUCUCGCAUAAGUGUUUCAUCCUCGAGCUCAGACGACUGAUCCAUCGAAUAAAAAAAAAAAAAAAAAAGAAUUAAUAUUAACAAAACGAAAACGAUUUCUCGACGAGAAAUAUAUAAACGGCUCGAACGUCGUGACGAAGAGGAAGCUCUCGAUGUACUCCCGCGACAGAGGGUCUCGUCGAAACAAUUUUUACGGUUCGAAACGACGCUAGCUGACUUUCGUAAUAAGUCUUCAUGCAUCUCGUGAAACGUAGAGUCGAGUCAGUAGGGCAUGAACAGUGUUCUAAACAGUUACAAGUAGCACUUAUCCGAUAGGGGUUGAACCGGAACUCGAUUCCAUCCUUCGCGUCGGUGAUCGUACGCUUGAGAAGUGAACGUUGUUAACGAUGAUCGUUACUGUUGGUAAUUAUCUUAGCAAUUAGUAGAGUAAUAUAAACGGCGCUCGCGACACGGUACGACGAUGCUGUUCGAGCUCGAUCGAACGUUACGAACGAUCUCGCUUUUACGAUACUUUCCCGCGGCGGAAGUUUUCGCGAUCGGAAGUCGUGGCUCGAACGAAACCCGUUCCAAACGACGUCUAAAUCACGGAACGCAACGUUGUGCCUGGCCACGAGCGCGAAACUAUUACGCGAACGUAUCGAUAGCUGGUUAGCCGUAGUCGACGAGCAUCGGCCGCGAACAGUGGUUCCGCGUCGCGUGUCUCGAUCGAACGAAAGCAAAGCUGAAAACAGAAAAAGA